GCAAGACGAGGACGAUGGACGUGGUGACGCCUGCUCAGCUGGAGACCAAGAUCCGCCAGGAGAUCGGCGCGGCGCUGGUGGAGGCCGUGGACCUGUCCGACGGCUGCGGCAGCAAGUUCAGCCUCGUGGUGGUGCACGAGGGCUUCGAAGGCCAGUCGCUGCUGGAGCGCCAGCGCCGGGUGAACGACUGCCUCAAGGAGGAGAUGACGCGCAUCCACGCGCUGCAGAUGAAGACGUGGACGCCCGCGCAGUACGAGCAGAAGACGCAGAAGAAGCUGCCCUCGGCCGCCAACAGCCAGUCCUCGGGCGAGCACUAGACGACGCAGGAAGGGUGCAAUCAAUCCACAGAGGCCACAGGGCCGCGUUGCAGAGG